AUGGAGGAAUCUGAGAAAAGAAGGGAAAGGCUGAAAGCGAUGCGAAUGGAAGCAAGUCGAGGAGGGAUUGAUAACAUUCCUGCGAGUUCGGGAAUUGUCAGUCAUGGCCUUUCCAAUCCUUUGAUUGAAGGCGAAACUGCAACUCCAGCUAACUGUGCUUCUCCGAGAUUCGAUUAUUACACUGACCCUAUGGCAGCAUUCUCUGCAAACAAGAGUAGCCAGGUCUCUCAUCAGGCUCCACAACAAUAUUACAACACGCCUCCAAGACCAAGGCAUCCAGAUAAGACUCACUCCCCAGCGUAUCAAGAUCAAACUAUAAACUCUCAUGGUCAGAGAAUAUUCCAAGCACCUGGAGCCUAUCACAAUUAUGGUCCUGUUGGGAGCCCAUCAGCUAGUCCUUCGGGUAGAAAUCCUCAGAGCACAUGGGGUGCACCAAGUGGUGCUUUUAACUAUAGCAGUUCACCUAAUUUGCCAAGAGGCAGUAACUUCACGAGCCCAGGCUUUGGACAAGGAGGUACUCCUAAUUACAGUUAUGGCCGGGGCAGAGGUCAAAGGUACAACAACAGUCCUUCGUAUGGUUCUGGACGUGGAACGAGUCCAUAUCCCGAUGCAGGAAGAAGCAGGGGUAGAUCAUCAGGUUAUAAUAACAUGAGUCCUGGUUCAGGACAGAGAGGAAGGAGAGGAGCAAGUUUGCAUAGUCCUGUCUCAGCAGAGCUAAGACCAGAUCUGUACUACAACCACGAAAUGGUUGAAGAUCCAUGGAAGGAGUUGAACCCUGUUAUCUGGAAGAGUCAAAAUGUUAACCCAAAUUCUGAGACAUCAUCGCUUCCAAAAUCCAUUAGCAUGAAAAAACCUAAAGUUUCAUCAGAAGCUUCGAAUAAAUCAACUUCUGAACCAAGCCUUGCUGAAUACCUGGCUGCCUCGUUCAGUGAAGCAGCCAACAAGGAGGCUGGUGAUGAUUAG